GACUACUCAGUUUCACAACAGACAAGCAGUACUUAACACUGACACUUUAGUUAGUUAUUUUAGGGUAGACUUGCUGUAAAGAGAGUUAACGCUAACACGUCUGUCGUUGGGAGUGAGAUGUCAACGCAGUUCUAGAAACCUGGUUUGGUUGGGAAGAUAUCAGACUCGGGACCCAUCGUUUCAAAGCGGCAGCCAGACUCACUCACCUUAAUCUGCAGGUCGAUUUCAUUUAGUAUCACUCUCAGAAAUGGCAGAAGAAUCCACAGGCGGCUUGUUCAACGGGCUCUCAUCUGCGCCCGAUGAAAAUGAGUACCCCUCCGGUUUUCCACAGAGUAUUUGCGACGACGUGCCUCAUGUGAAAUACCUGUGCAGCAGCUGUAAUAAUGUCCUGAAUAAAGCGCGCCAGACGCUGUGUGGCCAUCGGUACUGCCUGGCAUGCCUUAACUGGCUCAUGCGAAAUAACAAGAAUCCAGUCUGUAAGAAAUGUAAAGAAGAUGACCCCAGCACGGUCAGUGAGGAGAGCAUUUUGACAUCAGAGCAUUUCUACAGUGAUGCUGCGAUCAACAAAGAGAUCUCUGAGUUGAAGGUGCACUGUGCUAAUCAGGGCUGCAACUGGAAAAACACACUGAAGCAUUAUGAGGACCACCAAAGUCAAUGUGAUUAUGAGCUAAUCCCGUGCAACAUUGGCUGUGGCCACAUGGUUAUUAGAAAGAUGCUGGCAAACCACCUUGAAAAGGGAUGUGCAAACAACAUGGUGGUCUGCAAGAAGUGCACUCGAAAAAUACGACAAGCAGAAUUUCAGAAACACACAUGCGAGAGCAGCCCUGUUAAGGAAAGAAAGCCAACCAAAGCAGAGACAAGAGAAAAGAAUCGGCAACUCACGAACAUGAAGAACAAGGACCUGUGUCGCUUUGCUGAAGCCGGUUGUACAUUUAAGGGGAGUAAAGAGAAAAUCAAGGAGCAUGAACAGUCCGCGCUUGUGCUUCACAUGGGGCUCCUGCUCCAGGUGUUUGACAAUAUAAAAACGUCCUUGCUCUCCGAUCUUGGCAGUGAGGAUGUAAAUGAGGCCCAGGUUUCAGGAAUGCAGGUUAAAAUGAAACGACUGGAGGACACUCUGCACUCCCUGCGGAUCCAGGGGGCCGUGGAGAUGAACGGGGAAGACCUGGAGGUGGACAGCUACACAGAGCCUUCGGUUUUCCACGGAGACCAGAAGCAAGGGCAGGAGCUGGAAGAAUGCAGGAAGAAGCUUGCCGAGCUUGAGCAAAAAAUCCAAGUGUAUGAGAAUAUCGUCACGGUUCUCAACAGAGAGGUGGAAAAAACCCAGCUGACGUUGGCUGCGUUUGAGUGUCAGAAUAGAAACGAUCAGGAGUCCAUUAAAGACUUGGAGCUUAAGGUGACGGAGCAGCAGCGUCAGCUCGCUCUGAAGGACAUUGCCAUCAAUUCCCUCUACCUGCGCAUCGCUUCUCUGGAGCAGGCCACGUUCGACGGGACAUUUAUCUGGAAAAUCUCCGAACUGAACAGAAAAAUGCAGGAAGCCGCAGCUGGAAGAGGGAGCAGCUUGUACUCUCCAGCUUUCUACACAGGCAAAUAUGGCUACAAGGUGUGCAUGAGGUUAUAUUUGAAUGGAGAUGGAGCAGGCAAAGGAACACAUAUCUCUCUGUUCUUUGUGGUUAUGAGGGGUGAAUAUGAUGCUCUUCUUCUGUGGCCUUUUAAGCACAAGGUGACCUUUUUCCUGAUGGACCAGAAUCACAGAGAGCAUGUGAUCGAUGCCUUUCGCCCCGACCUCAGCUCCACAUCGUUUCAGAGGCCAGUGAAGGAAAUGAAUGUGGCCAGUGGCUGCCCUCUCUUCUUCCCUCUCUCCAGGCUGCACUCCCCUAAACAUGCGUAUUGCAAAGACGACACUUUGUUUGUUAAGUGCAUUGUAGAUGUAACACCGUGAGCUUUUCAAGCUUGCCUGUAGCUUGCUUUGAAAUGCCAGUGUAAUUUUGCACUAUGGCUGUGUAUGUAAAGGCCCAUGGCGUGAGGUUAUCUGGGUUCAGCCAUUUGCCUUCUCUCGUGUUACUGCUUACAUAGGAAAGGGCUGCCCAGAAGGAUUGACACCCUUCUAUAUUUUCAAUGCAAAAUGCUGUAUGACAUUAUAAUUGUUAUCACUUGAGAAAUGUGGAUAUGUGGGUACAUUUACUAUUGUGUAAAACAUCUGAAUGCAAUAUGUGAAAUGAAGAACACCUUAUAUUUCAAUUGAAAACAAACUGAUAUAAACAUAUAGAGUACAUAUUGUAUAUACUAACAUGUCUUUGGUAACUGCUAAUAAUAUCAACACAAAUUGCAGUAUGUGUGUGUGUGUGUGUGUGUAUGUGUACGAAAAGCAAAAACAUUCAUAUUGGACAUAUUUUUUUAAUCACGUACUGUUCACGAGUUUUUCAUAUUUAUUAGAUUUUGAAACGGUAUGUUGACAUUGCAAUAAAUACAACUGACAAGAUCUGUUUUUUAUGUCAGUACAUUUGGGUAAACUGUAGCUAAACAAACACUGACCUUAUUUCUAGCAUGGUAAAUGUUACUGUACCGUGUAUGAAUGGACAAGUGUAGCAGAUUUCUCAAAUUGAAGAAAGCAGAGCAGUUUGUUAGGGAAUAUUUAUCCUAUCCCAUAAGGUAUAUUUGUUACAGUAUAUAUAUUUCUACAGUAGAAUAAAUACUUUAUGCAAUUAGUGUAAAAUGUUUUUCAUUUUAUUUUUAGCAAUAAAGUACAUGUGAUGUA